CAUAUAAGCAAUUACGUACAUGCAAAACUCGGUCACACUACAUACCAUUCAAUUCAGUAGAAAUUUUGUGUUUGUGUCGGUCUCAUUGGUUUAAAUAAGCCAUCAAUAAUGGGCAAUAAAUCUUCUCUCUUUCUGCGGCACGAGGAAAUUGCACAGAUACAAAAUGAAACUGGCUUUACACCCAAUCAAAUUGAGCGCCUGUAUUCGCGUUUCACGUCACUGGAUCGCAACGACUGCGGCACACUCUCUCGCGAGGAUCUGAUGCGCAUACCCGAGCUGGCAAUCAAUCCGCUCUGUGAACGCAUUGUGCACUCCUUCUUCGCGGAGAGCUCCGAUGAUCGCGUGAACUUUCGCCAGUUCAUGAAUGUGUUGGCCCACUUCCGACCGCUGCGGGACAACAAGCAGAGCAAGUUGAACAGUCGCGAGGAGAAGCUGAAGUUCGCGUUCAAAAUGUACGAUCUGGAUGACGAUGGUGUCAUUAGCCGGGACGAGUUGCUAUCGAUUCUGCACAUGAUGGUCGGCGCGAACAUCAGCCAAGAUCAAUUGGUCAGCAUUGCGGAACGUACCAUAUUGGAGGCGGAUCUAUGCUGUCAAGGCAAGAUCUCGUUCGAGGACUUUUGCAAGGCGCUGGAACGCACCGAUGUCGAUCAAAAGAUGUCCAUACGAUUCCUCAAUUAGUGCCACACAAGCAGAGAAACAAAAUUUCAGAUGUCUUAGUCACUGUGAACCAAAUAGUGUUUAGUCCAAUUAAUAUACUUGAUAUAUAUAUAUAUAUUUAUCAAGUCCGAGGCAUAUGCAAUUGUAUUAGUAAUUUAUGAAACUAUUAUUAAUCUGCAGAUAUUAUUGUUGAUUGCUUUUACGCUAGUUGAUUUCAUUCCGCUCUAAAGUGAAAUUCAUGC